ACAUAAUCCCCGUGAGAUUUUUGCAAGGUGAAGGUCGCGAGACUUUUUUUGCAAGAUCAACCUAUAUACGUGUUAGUGUUGUUGGCCUUAUUGUCGAUCAAUAUAGCUGUUGUCAUUAAGUACGGUGGGCGGACUUCGAGAAAAGGGAAUGCAGUCGGUCAGGAUUUUCUUGCAAAAUGGCAGAGGGGCGUGCAUAUCGUACUCUAGCCGCAUGUUUUCUUCCUCCUCACGCGCGGAUCAAAAAUCUUACAAACUUGUGGUGGUGGGCGGAGGCACUGGGGGAUGUAGCACCGCCGCUCGAUUUUGUCAUCGCUUGGGAAAAGGGAAAGUAGCUGUGAUUGAACCAUCUGAGAAACAUUAUUACCAGCCUCUAUGGACCCUUGUUGGAGGCGGGCUUAAGACAUUUGAGGAGACAGUCAGGUCAACAUCAGAAGUCCUCCCCAAAGAUUGUGAUUGGAUAAAAGCUAAGGUUGUGAACUUUGACCCUGACAACAAUAAAGUCACCACAAGUGAUGGACAGGAGAUCAAGUAUGAGUUUAUGGUUGUAACUAUGGGAAUGCAGUUGAACUUUAACCUGAUUCCUGGAGCACUAGAGGCUUUGAAGAAUGACCCCCAGGUUGUGUCUAACUAUGCCCCCUGGACCGUACAGAAAACAUUCAAGGCCAUCAAGAACACCAAGAGCGGGAAUGCUAUAUUUACUUUCCCCAAUACCCCAAUCAAAUGUGCCGGGGCCCCCCAGAAAAUCAUGUACCUGGCUGAGGAACAAUUCAAUAAGAAUGGAGUAAGAGAUAAGGUGACAGUCCUGUACAACACUGCCCUGGGGGUCAUCUUUGGGGUCAAGAAGUACGCUGCCAGUCUACUGAAGGUAGUGGAGAAGAGAAACAUCAAGGUCAACUACAGGAGGAACCUUAUUGAGGUCAAGUCUGACAAAAAGGAGGCUGUGUUUGAACAUCUGGACUCCGGGGAGAAAGAGACCUUCACUUACAGUAUGUUACACCUGACCCCUCCUAUGAGUGCCCCAGAUGAGCUCCGCCAGUGUAAGAAGUUGGUGAACGAGGCGGGGUACCUGGAGGUGAACAACCAGACCCUACAGAGCACCAGGUACCCUAACAUCUUCAGCAUCGGGGACUGCAGCAGUGCUCCUACUUCUAAAACGGCAGCCGCUGUAGCUUCCCAAGGUGGAGUUGUGUUUAAAAAUCUCACUGCCUUGAUGGAUGGACGACCAAUGCCAAAGAAGUAUGACGGCUACACGUCCUGUCCCUUGAUCACACGUAAGGGGCGCUGUAUCCUGGCCGAGUUUGACUAUGACGGGAACCCUCUGGAGACUUUCCCCAUUGAUCAGGGCAAGGAGAGAUGGACCAUGUACCACCUUAAGGCUGACGUACUCCCCGUCAUGUACUGGCAUGGCAUGCUCCC